UGUGGCUUGGGCCAGUCGCAACGCGUACGCCAACGCGAGCAGAUCUCUUCUCUCUCUCUCUCUCUGAUUCGUCGCAGUCGUGGUCUUCAUGUCCUUGUGCAAAGUGCUGGCGGCGCUGGCGCUUUGUCUGCUGCCAGUGGCGACGCAUUGCGAUCGGGACUCGUACUAUGAGAAAUAUUUCACCGCUCGGCGUUAUGUGCCGCUCAAGCGGAAUGCGCUGCUGCCGUUUAACUUUACGCUGACGUUGACGUCGGCGCAGGAGCUGCUGCCGCAUGAGCGACCCGCUCUGGUGGGCAAUCUGCCAGCGCUGGGUCAGUGGCGGGCCGAGCAGGCGGUGCUGCUGAAUCGCACGGCCGCUCACAAUGUUUGGCUGGCGACUGUGGCGCUGCCGCAGAAUAGCAGCGUCGAGUACCGUUAUUUUGUAGCAGCACCAUCGCGACAAGUGGGUGGUGGCAUCCAAGUGCGUCGCUGGGAGUCGCACGUGCAGCCGCGCGGCUUCAACACGAGCAAGCUGGCGGGGAAUCGCAGCGAUGAGCUGGGCAACAUCGCGGGACAGCAGCAAUUGACGCGCGGCUCGCUGCAAAGCAGCAGCUCGGCCAGCCUGCUGCAGCUGAAGGUAUUCCGCGAGGCACUGCAGCUGCAGGAGCUGGAGAUGCCGGCGGGCACAAGUCUGCGCCUGCGACUGCAGCCAGUGCAUCCGUUGAGUCUGGCCCCCAUUUUAAGCUCCGCGACCGCCAAUGUGGAGUAUGUCAAGAUGGUCUAUGGCAACAGCAAGCUGCGUCCACAGCCGGAGUAUGGCGUGCCCUACGCGCCAGUCGAGGACUUGCUAAUGUUUCAUGUCAGCGUGGAGCAGCUGCCGGCGGUGGCCUAUGCACUGCAGCUGUAUGCGGAGGAGCAGGAUCAGGUGCGUCUGCUAGGCACGGCGCAGCUGCAGCCGUCGGCGCUAGCGGGCAGCGAGGGUAAUCUCAGCCUGCAGAUUAUAUCGCCGCUUUGGCAGCGCGUAGUGGGUGCACUGCAUCUGCAGUAUCUGGUGAUCCAACCCAUGGUGAAUAGCAGCGCCGAUUUGCGCACGAGCUUUGUGCACUACUGGCGCAGCAACUGGACAGCGCUGGAGAUUGGACAUCGCGGGCUGGGCAAGAGCUUGAGCUUGAGCGGCACCAGCGCUGCGCCGCUCAUAGAGAACACCUUGGGCUCCAUGCUGGCAGCGGCGGAGCUGGGCGCAGAUCUGCUCGAGUUCGAUGUGCAGCUCACCAGCGAUCUGGUGGCCAUUAUACAUCACGACUAUGCCAUACGCGUCUGCAUCGAUUCCAAGACGCCCACCAACCGCAUGGAUCUGAUCGAGGUGCUCAUCAAGGACAUCACCUACGAGCAGCUGAAGCAGCUGAAGACCUAUCAGAUUGUCGGCAACAAGAUCAUCGAGUAUCCGGCGCACAACAAUGUGGAGCAGCCCGAGAUGCGUCUGUUUCCCAUGCUGCAGGACUUCUUCCAGCAGGUGAAUCUCAGCGUGGGCUUCGACAUUGAGAUCAAGUGGCCCCAGCUGCGCGCCAAUGGCGUCAACGAGAGCGAGCAGACCAUCGAUAAGAAUCUAUUCGUCGAUCGCAUUCUGCAGGUGGUGCAGGAGUUCGGCUGUGGUCGCCUCAAUCUGCUCAAGAGCUUCGAUGCGGACCUGUGCACACUGCUGCGCUUCAAGCAGAGCAUGUAUCCCGUGCUGCAUCUGACCAGCAGCAAGGAGAACGCCUUUGCCGAUCCGCGCACCCACAACAUCGAGCAGAGCAUCAACUUUGCCCAGGCCUUUGAUCUGGGCGGCAUUGCGCCCAAUGCGGUCUUCAUCAAGUCCCGCCCGGAGCUGGUGCAGCGUGCCAGGGCAGUGGUGCCGCUGCUGCUGCUCUGGGGUGGCGAUCUCAAGGAUCGCGACUCCAUCGACUGGUUCCUCCAGCAGGGACCCACUGGCGUCGUCUACGAUCGCAUGGAUCUCUGGCUGCCCGCCAACAAGACCAACGCCUUUGGCGCCGCCGACGACCUGCCCGAGUUCUUCCAACUCCAGUGCGCUCCCAGUGAUAAGUCGAGUGCCCACAAUGCCACCAUUGAGAGCAUUCUAAGCAAUGUCAAUUUGCUCUAAUAUAUUUCUUUAUCUCUA